CCGAUAUCGGUUCUCCGUUUACCAUCAUUUCCGUCUCCAACGCCUGCUGUUACUCCCUCGGCCGCCCGUGCCGUAGUCUCGUCACCGUAGCCAGUCCGGCAGAUCGGAUAGUUUUCUUAUAGGAAAGCCGUUGUUUUUUUCGCUGUUUUCUUCCUCAUACCUGGAAAUGACUUCGCCCUUGAGGCUCGUGAAGCAAAUGUGUGCUGCCUCUUGAGACUUGCAUCUACUUGAACCCUCGUGCCGAGAGCACAUUUCUGCCUGUCUACCCGUCUACAUCUGCAUGUUACACGCACCGUCCGCGUCUCUCUGUCUGGAUGCCACUAUUCAUUUGUCUCUGCCAUACACCCACCACCAAGGAAAAUGCUUUUCUUGAGGCGAUCUGGAGACGACGAUGCGUGUCUCCGCCGUCAAGUGCCCCGGCUUUCCUCGACUGAUUUUCCUCCCGCUUCGCUAUAACUUAUCGCUGCCAUUGUCAAGUCUUUUCCUAGUUAGCAGCGACACUGCUUCAGCUAAUCAGAAACUUCUUUCGACGCAUUUCGUCUCUUCCUCUGUCCUGGCUCUCCUCUCAAACUGCUAAGUUCCUGCAUUGAGAGCUGCGCCCAGACUGCCUGUUUAGGCAGCCCGCGAGGGUGGGGGCCGAGACAGCACGGUGUUUGAAUCUACAAAACACAACGAACUCGACAUCAUCUUGAAACAAAACUCGGCGUCGACAACGCUCCCUAGACCGUUCUGUUCUGGAUAUGUUCAUCUGGAGGAGGUGCGACGACAGCUGGAUAAAGAAGCUAUCUUCCACCAUUUGGAAGAAAUCCCAAGAUACAUACCUACGCGCAUAUAUAUAUAUAUAUAUAUAUAUAUAUGUUCGUACCUGUGUUACGUUGUGGAGAGUGCUGCAGUCGAUAGUAACGUUCGAACUCCAUUGUUUGUUCUUCCCCUGACUCUUGUACUGUCUUCUGCGGGGGGAAAUCGUACGAGCCUCGAGUGUUCUCUCCCGCUUCGCCUGUUCCGUUUCUUUGUUUCCUAGCCUCUCGUUUUCAACCAUCGUUCACGUAGUCGAACGGCCUGUGCGGGACGCGUCCUGCAGCGGCUUUGUCUUCUCGGUUUUUCAGGUUGUCUUUUGCCUUCCGCUUCCUUCCCGCCUUGCCGCCAUGCCCCGCUUACGUGGAGAAGCAUUUCUUACGCUCCUCUCGAGGCAGCGCUGUCCGUUUCUUUUACUGCUUAUAUCGGAAACGUUUCCCCUACGUCGCUUAUAACUGGUUGUUUUCCUCCCUUCUCGCUCCCACUGCCUAGGUCUUCCGUUUUCUCGCCUGGUGCCGUCUUUCCUCUCCGUCUCCUCUUGACUCUUUUCCUGUCCUGCGCCCGCCGCUCUGCUUCUCUUCGUUUGAUUCGUCUUCCCUCUGGCUUCUUUCUCUGACUGCCUGUCCACCUGGCUGCGUGUUUGUCUUUCCUCUCUUCCGCUGGCUGCCCAAGUUCCUCAAUGUUCCUCAAAGAGCUUCAGUGUUUCCGGCCACAGGGGUUUCAGCCUCGCCGCGUUACUCUCCGUUUUACUCUCGGGAACGGAGCUGCGGUUUCAAAACGACAGAGAAAUGCUCUAGGAAGCGAUCAGAUCUACGGACGGCAGACUUUGAGUUGUCUCUGGAUGUCCAGCUCGCUGAAGUGAACCCACCAUUGAGGCUGCAGUGCUUGGAGGUCUCAGUGUUCUGUCUCUCUGCGCUUCGACGUUUCGCCUUCUUUGUUUUGUCUUAUUCCUUUUCGUUUCUAGCCCCCCGUUAUACGAGUUCUCACACCGAUUUCAAUCUCUCGGGAUCGAUUCCAAAUUGUUGUGGAUUCUCUAGCUCGCCAGGUCCACCCUUCCUUCUUGUCCGUCGGACGCGCGCUUGCUCUUCGUCUCCUUGCUUGAUUCUCUCAUCUCCAUUUCUCGUCUUGAGUUCCUUCCUUUUGUUCGUUGUUUCCACCGUCUACUCUGGUCGUGCGAAUCCUCUCCGCCCUCGUGUGUACAGCUCGUCCUGGGUGUCCCUGUCAGUCGCGACACCCUUUCUCUUCUUUUCGUUUCCUCUCUGUCUCAGCUCUUGAUCCUGUCAGAGGAGCUUGUUCUCUUCUCCGUGGGCUUUCGUUACCUGCUGACUGCUUCCUUCACGUGACAAAAAGGCAGAGAAAAUGAGUGACGGCCUCGCCGCCGCCAUCCCCCCUGCAGGGUCCAUAACGCUUGCAGUUUUCUGCGCGAUAGGUAGUGCGAUGUUCUCUGGGUUAACUCUAGGUUUAUUGACUCUUGACAUUGUUCAGUUGAAGUUGCUGAUCAAUCGCCCGAACAAAACGGCGCAAGAUGAGCGAAAUGCAAAGUAUGCUCGAAAAAUCCUCCCGCUUCGAUCCGACGGAAACUACCUCCUCGUCACCCUCCUGACCGGGAACGUCGCGGUCAAUGCGGGCUUCUCCAUUCUUUUGGGCGACCUAACUGAUGGGCUUGUCGGCUUUCUGGUUUCAACAGUUGUCAUCACGAUUUUCGGAGAAAUUCUUCCACAGGCUGCAUGCGCGCGACACGGUCUCGUCGUGGGCGGCGUCUUGGCGCCUGUCGUGUAUGCCCUCGAGUGGCUCCUCUUCCCCGUCGUCAAACCGAUCGCCAUGAUCCUCAAUUGUGUCCUAGGUGAGGAUUUGGGCACCAUCUAUGACAAAAAGCAGCUGAGUGCACUGGUGGACUACCACAACAACGUUGUGCACGUUCUGACUCGCGACGAAGCUCGAAUCCUCAAGGGAGGUCUCGAGUUCGCGUUCACUCGAGCUGAGGAAGUGAUGACACCCAUGGACGAGGUGUACGGAAUCGACGUCGACAGCAAGCUGAACUACGACGUGCUUUCGGAAGUUCUGUCCAGCGGGUUCAGCCGCAUUCCCGUCUUUGACCGCAGCAACUCGCAGUGCAUUGUCGGCCUGCUUUUUGUCAAGGACCUGAUUCUCGUCGACUGUCACGCCGAAGUGGAGGUCCGCAAGUUGCUGCAAUUCUUCGGUCGUGGCCUCUACGCUGUCGAUGACGACACACCGCUGCUCGAGCUCCUCAAGACCUUCAAACAGGGUCACACGCACCUGGCGGUGGUUCGUCGGGUGUCGGACGACGGGGAGGGAGAUCCGUUCUACAUUCACGUAGGAAUUAUAACGUUGGAAGAUGUGAUGGAGGAGAUUCUCCAGGACGAAAUCAACGACGAAUUCGAGCACGACAAGUCACAGAGCCACCGCCGGCGGAGGCACCAGAAUCAGGCUGUCUCGGGGGCCCAGGCGUCUCUGCCUUAUUUCGCGCCGAGCUCCCCGCUCGCCCCGAGAUUCUCUGUCUCCUCGACUGCGUGGGAGGCUCAGGGUGACGUAGACACGGCACCAGAGGCGGAGUCGAGGCGGUCGCGCCGCGAGAAGAAGAAAGAGAAAGUGAAAGGAGACAAGCGGCGCUUUCGGCUCUGGAGCCGGGGCCGGAGAUCCAGCACCGCCAGCAGCAAUGCGCCGCUGACGAACGCAUGCGAAAAGGAGGCGGGAGAGGGGACUGAUGGCGACGUCGAGGACAAGCGAGUUGACAGGAAUGAAGCCAGUCGGAGACCGAGCAAGGAAGCCAGCUUCCCAGCCACUUGUGCCAGCACUUUGCAGGCCAAGAGGCCCGGGGAGGCCGAGACAGACCUCCUUUCGGGGGGUUCUCCUGUGGGGCUGUCGAGCUUCGAGAAGAGCUCAGAAUGUGGAGACCCUGAGCGGGGCAGCCUUGGUGAAGCCUCAUCUCGGCACUCCCGGUGGACGGCGAAGAGGCUCGAGGAAGGAGGAGCAGUCGAGAGCCAUUUUUUGGAGGACGAGCCAACGCGCGAACUGCCUCGUGGAGAUACGGAGGAAGGUGAGGGACAACGCCGCCGCAGCCGAGGCGGGGCGGCUGGGGAAAAGACCAUCAAGACUGUGGAGAUGACGCCUCUGGAACCGAUGCAUGCAGUUCUCACGACGAGCCGAGAAGAGCCACCGAAGGCUGAGGAAAUCAGGAGAGAAGACGCGCUCGGGCACCCAUCUCUGUUUCCCUGGUGGGGCUGGAGCGCCGACACCGCGGGCUCUGUCUCCAAGCUGCGAAUGCGCGGAACGCUGCGAAUGUUCUUCGAUAGCCACCGACGGAGCAGAAUUGCAGAACCCCUCACGGAAUCGGAAGCUCGUGCAAUUGCAUCGUUUCUCUCCUCCUCCAUUCCUGCCUUCUCGCCGCAAAUUGUCGACGAGAAGUUACUCGUCUCGCUGCUCUCGUCCUUCUUCUGCAUCCAGCCCCCGCCCGCUUCUCUCCUGUGGCACUCCGCUGUCCACCCCGAUCUGUUCAAACACAAAUCAACCGACAGACGAGGCGAGCACGAAGCCGCCUUCGAGCCCUUCGCUGUUAUUGUGCUUUAUGGUCGUGUUCGCCUGUAUGUCGGAAAGGAAGGCAUCCCCUGUACUGCGGGACCGCUGUCGUGUCUCGCAGUGAAGGUGCUGGGAAACCCUGCACCUGUGCUUCUCGGCCAGGUGGCUUCGCAGCAACCCGCUGAGUUUUCCGCGCCGCCUUCUUCACCGUCUCCGUCUGGCGCCCUUGAGUUCAGAGAGACGCCUGUGCAUAUGCUGGACCAGCCUUCUUGUCUCCCAGCGUCUGCUGACACACUUGUCGUUUCUUCACCUUCUCGUUCUAGUUCUAGAGAGCAGCUCGACUCUCCCUCGCGUCCAGCUGCAAGUUCUGACUCCUCUGAUCAAGAUUCUGUUUGUUCUUCUCAACGGCUUUCUACUGCAACUUUCAACUCACCGUCGAUAUCUCCGGAGGCCGCGUCUCGACGCGCGUCUUCGCCUCGCCUGACCUCUCGCUCCCGUCCCGCUCCUUGCACUAUCUCCACAUUUCCAGUGUCUCCUGUAGCUCUUCCGGGCUGCCUGCCUGUUUCCGCAGGCGUGACCGUCUCUCGAGGUUCUUCUGUGUUUCCGUCGCCCUGUGUCUGGGAUGCGGCGAUUCACAGAAAAGCCGCAUCGCCUCCGAGAGGUGACUGGAGAAACGCUUUUCGCUCCGAGGAGCCCGAAGCGAAAGAGCGCAAACGCGAGAAUGGAGAGAGCGACCGACGAGAAGAAACCCAGGGAAAGGAGGGCGUGCAGAGCGGUGCUCCUGAUGGUUCCCUUGAUCUCGGCUCCGAUGGACCCAGGCGUCGAAGAGACAUCUUUUGCGUGCUAGACGCUGUGAGAGAGAACCCAGGACAUACCCGAGAAGAGGACUUUCUUUCCUCUACUGACCGGAGAAGCAGCAGCAGAAGCAGCUCCAGUUCUAGACAUAAGAGCCCGCGAGAACCGUCGACCUCCGUUCCUUCUCCGAAAGAAAGUGGAACUGCGUGGCUAGGCCCGUGGGGGACCCGCAGGGACUCAGAGGAACCUCGAUAUGCGCCUCUGGCGUCUUGCGUGUCUUCGAAUGUAGAUAAUGUGGAAGCUCCUUCCUGUAGGGAUGGUACGCGACCGUUGCAUUUUGCGUCCCCAGGCAAGCCACCUGUCGAAGGGAAGAGUCGCUGCUGUUCUCCUGAAGUCCGCUUCUCUCCUCUCAAAGAAUCUACAACCCCACUGCGUUCGCUUCCACCGUCGACGGGACUCUGUCAACGUUCAGGAGGGGGCGUGUAUCGUAGUUUGGUCGAGACGACGAGUUCGUUGGCUUCCCUUUCUUCUCGAGGAAAAGAGACAGACCGUGAAACCUCUCGUGAAGCAAGUCAACCUGCUUCAGCGGUCCAGAUAGCGUCAGAACGCGGAGACCCAAGCGCGAAACGCGUUUGCGAUGAAGAAGAAGACCACGAAGAAUAUUACGAGAAAGAAGGCUCCGAGGAAGAGGACCGUGAGGUGUCUCCUCUUGUGUCUCGGCGCCUCUUGAGGGAUGGACUAACGUCCCCGGACCAGUUUACGCUCAUUUCUUCGCAUGCAUCUGGUGGCUGCAGUUCGUCCCCGUCUCUCCAUGAUGCCUCUUCAGGCGGCGUUUCUGUGGAGGAGGCCCCCCAAGGCUCCCAAACGAAAAGCCCAAGCACAGGAAGGAGCGGGCGAGAAAAAACUGCGUGCGAUGUGGACUCUGCAUGCGUGGAGAUCGACAUCGGUAACAGGAGAGCCUCCACAUUCGAGAAGGACGCGUUCCGACGGAAAGAGACAUACCCGCAAUUCGGAGACACCGAGAGAUCGUGUCGCAAGCAAAACGAAAUGUUGAGCUGGCUUCGCACUUCGGCCACCUCCAGCGUUUCGCUGGAAAGUGGAGAAGAAGACGUUGAACUAACAGCCCCGUCUCAAGCUCACAGUCACGUGAGGCUCGAGGAAGUGUGUGUGUGUGGAGUGUCUCUGUCGCUGCCUUGGCUGUCUCCGAAGAAGGGGACAGAUCGGGAGCAGCGGCGCAGAGCGCGCGAAGAGGGCCUUUGUCUCGGCUUGUCGAGGGAGGAGCCUCCUGAGGUUGAGAGCAGUGUGGAGGGGAUGUCUCUCGAAAAAAAGGAAGAGCAGAGCGCUGGGGCAAGUGCUGGAAGGAGGCGGCUCCCGAGCGAGAAGAGCAGCUUGGCUUUUCCGGCGUUCUCGUCUCAGAGACUCUCGGGCAAAAGCAUCUUUCGCCGCGAGACGGCGGGAACGGGAGUGUCGGAGAUCAGCCAUUUGCUGCGUUUCGAGAAACCGCAAGCAGACUGGUCUGCAGCCAGAGGCCCGGAGCCAGGUCCUCGCCGCGAAAGGGAGGAAGAGCGACAGGAGGAGCUCUCCUGCGGAUGGGGUGCGAACAGGCAGGAGGGUCCUGCGAAGCCGAGAGUGCAGCAGAGUUUGGAGGAGCAGCUGCAGAUUCAGGAGACAUGUCUGCGGCAACUCGCGAAGGAUAUGCAGGAGAAGAAGGGUGUCUGGCUAGCUGUGUCGAGUAAGCAGAGAGGGAAAGAGUAUCAGCGCAGGCGCGACGUGGAGUUUGUGGACGAGCAGGACAAAGCAGAGAGAAGUUCGCAGGCGAAGUCGGAGAGAGAAGGAAGAGAAAAGCAAGACGCCUCGGCGAGAGGCGCGGCAGAGACAGGCGAGGCGGGAGCUGAGAACGAGGAACCAGAAGGAGACGGGAAGAAGCGAAUCCAAGAGGUGCGAAAUCGCGAGGCGCUCUGCCAUGAGAUCCACUCCUGGGUGCAAAGUCUUCAAGACUCGAAAGGAGGCAGUGAAGCGAGAGGAAACGAGUGGUCCAACGAACAGACGAAAACAUUGACGUGCGAAGGAUACGCCCCGGACUAUACAGCCGUCACAGAGGGCGCGUGCGGCCUCCUCGUCUUUCCACGCUGGUUCUACGUCGCAGCCGUGAAGGCGUCGCUGGACCUGGCGCGAAGCAGCCGUUCUUGACUCUACCGCCAGUGUCUUUCCCAGCGAGAAAAUCCGUGUUGAUUUUGUUUGAACAGCAGAGAAGCGAGAAAGAAGCGACCGAGCUGGAUGAUUACUCCGACAGAACAAGCGCCAUAGGGAUGGGACAAUGGUGUCUUGAGGCACCUCCGUUUCAGCCGGUAGUAGUUGUGAAGGCGAUGUCGACGUCUUUCUUUGUUUCCGGAAAAACGCUCUUGUUUCCAUAAACGAGGAGACAGUCCACAGUUUCUCCGUUCGCUCCUGAGAGGAUGCUGUUCGGCGAGAGGCAAACGCUGCAAAUCCUCUCUUUCCUCGAGUCCUUUCGCGCUCGGCCUGUGUCUGCUUGCGUAAAGGGUCGAGGUAGGCACGGCGCCUCUGUUCGCUCGCGCAGCGUUCCGUCGAAAAACGCGUUUCGGCGUUCUCUCUCGCAGACGCGAAGGGACUCUCUGGAAGACCCGCACGCGGGGUGAGAAAAACCAACUCAGCGAGUUACCAAGCGAAGCAAUUCUGCUCGUUGAGUUCUUAAGAGACUGAUAAAAAACAGUUCUACGGCGGAGCAUGUUGGCGGCAGUGAACGGGAAAGCUGUGCAAGAAGACGAAGAGGUUUUUAACGGCCUCGCAAGAGAACACAACCGAAACGAAAGGAGGGGCAUUUUGGUGCAACAGCCACAGACGUACAAUGACAAGGAAAUCAAUUUCUCUCAGGGCACACACAAACACAAAUGUAUAUAUAUCUAUAUAUAUCGAUAUAUAUUUGUUUAUAAACGGCAGCCCUGGAAGAUCCAAAUCUCUCUCCUGGACACAAAAGCAAAGCUGAUUCCGUUUCGCGUUUGACUGGCUUGUGUCCACUUUCGUUGUCAUAUUGAGUUUUUUUCGUGCGAUACUUUAAGAAAACCAAAGGCCGCUUGAAAGAAAAGAAGUUUAAUUGAGUUGGAUAGGCCUUUAACAUCCGUGACGGGCACACGAGGAUUAAAGGCGACUUUCGGCCUAGAAAAGGCUGUACACCGCCCUCUCGCGAUACAGGGUAUGCGUCUAAAACGGACUCUCUCCACUCUGUGGCCUGGAGGCCCGACAACGAAUGAAACCACUAGUCUUUCGAGAACGAUUUGCUGGUGUCUGGAGGGUUGCACUUUGGCAAUUGAUCAAGGAGACAAAUCUCUAGAAGUUCUCCAGAGACAAGCGCGUGAAACUGAUCUGCAAGGAAAUGUGGGGAAUAACAGCCAAGGAGAUGCUUUGUGGAUGCACACUUGAGGAUGCUCGCCCCUGCUCCUGUAGAAAGACCUUAUCUAAUAGCAAAUGUGGCACACCCUAUUCAGAAUCAAUAGGAUAAAUGAAUGCGAGAGUUACGUUCACUUUGUCUACAGGGAGAAGCGUUUCUGCCCCCGUGAGACAGCAACCGGGAAGCGUCUGUAGCUGAGUAGCUCAGCAGACAAAAGAACGCCUUUCUUGAUUUGCUGUCUUCCUGGGUUGCCUCUUCCUCUCGUUCUGCCCUGCCUUCUUCCGUGGUGCAAAAGUGGGCAUGGACGGCACAGAACGUUUCUGGGGUAGUUGAAGAGAAAUGCAGUUUUGAGGAAUCCUAUUUUGAAGAUGAGAAGAGACAAGAGUUUCCACAAUAGCUGCGAACGCCUCACAGGCUGCAGUGCAUGAAGACAAUCGUUCGUCGGACAUAAACACGCGACGGCGGAUACGUUCAUCCUUGAAACUGUUUACCAUCACCCUCGUUCUUCUGCGUCAUCACCCAUUUACAUAUAUAUGUAUACAUAGCAUAUUUGUAUAUCUCUAGAUGCCCUGAGGUGACCCUCGUCAAAAGCGGGCCGUUUUUUGAUUCAAGUACGUCGGUGUGAUGC